ACCAAUGCGAUAGACUGUACCUUCGCUCCUUUUUUCUUUCAUUAGCGUAGUUCGGUGAGUUCAGUCAGCUGUCCGUUUGGAAAGUUGGUGAGAUGGCUGCUGGUUGUUGUGGGUCAAAGAAACAGAAAUUAAAUAAUUCCACAAUUAGCGUACCGUCAUGUAAUGGUACUUCGAUAACUACAAACGGAUCUUUGAACGGCAUGGUUGCUUUACCAGAAAUGUGUUUCUUUUGUUUUGAUGUGUUAUACUGUCAUCUUUAUAACCUCGACCCACCAAAGACACCUUCUUUCAGUAAUGAGGCCUAUCCUUUAUUUGUCACUUGGAAAAUUGGCAAAGAUAAACGAUUACGAGGAUGUAUAGGAACAUUUAACGCGAUGAAUCUGCAAUCGGGCCUGCGGGAGUAUGCAAUUACAAGUGCUUUUAAGGAUUCUCGUUUCAACCCAAUCACACGAGAUGAAUUCACCAAGUUAAGUGUCUCGGUAUCGAUACUUAGGCACUUUGAAGAUGGUAACGAUUAUCUUGAUUGGGAAGUGGGUGUCCAUGGAAUACGUAUCGAAUUUGUUAAUGAGAAGGGUAACAAACGAACUGCCACAUAUUUACCUGAGGUUGCUACAGAGCAAGGUUGGGAUCAAGUUCAGACAAUAGACUCUUUGCUUCGUAAAGGCGGUUAUAAAGCUGUAAUUUCCAAUGAACUCCGUCGUAGUAUAAAAUUGACUCGUUAUCAAAGUGAAAAAAUUACAGUGAGUUACCAAGACUAUAUGAACCAUUGGAACAAUCAGCGUUGCUAGCAGUUAAUGUGGGGGCGUGGCAUCCCCACGCCUCCACAGACAACUCCACUCUAUCCACAUACGAUGCCACUAUAUCGAUCACCGACAGUAGUUAUGGUACAACCUCCAUUACCUCUUCCCUCCUAUUCAGGACCGAAUUUUGUGCAACCGCCUUUCGUAUUACCGACCAUGCCUACUGGUAACUCUGUAUGGUGGGAUCAUUACCCUGGACCAUCCGGCCAACAAGACUUCGUAAUGCUACCCUCGCCAGAAUCGGAUAGAAAUGGUUAUCAAUCACCACCUUUUCGAAAGCGAAAGUGACACAAAAACAGUUAAAUUUAAUUCUGAUAAAACUUUUAUUACAUGCCAAUCAUGUGCCCUCAAUUAACGUUUUUUAACACCAAAGGUUUUCAAAUUUCUUAGGACGUGAACUGUUUGACGAUAUAACGUAUGAAGUAUCAGUUAUUGAAUUCGCUAUCACAUCUGUGCCUGACCAUCGCACUCGGCGCUGCUUUAGAUAAAUGCCAAACGACCUUUUUGGUUUAGAUAAUUUUAUUCCAUCUAAGAUUAUGUUUAGGUUUUAUCUUUUUUGUAUUCAUCCUGUUUUUUUUAUUCGAUUAAGUUUAACAUCAAGUAUGUUGACAAAUCCAAACAUUGAAAAAAGUACAACCUCUUGAAUUUUAUUUUUGAAUUACACCCUACACGAAUAAGCACAAUCAAUUCAAUAUGUACAGAGAAACUUAGUUUUAUAUACAUACAGUAAAUUAAUGUAGGAUAUGAAUAUUUUUUUUAUUAAAAACUCGUAAAAAUUCACUUAGAGUAAGGAGUAUGAAUUUUAGUUUAAUUUUUCAAGUACAUAGGUAUACAAGAAUCGUGCAUAUGUAUGUUAAAUAAUCGCAAGAUUGGAUACUUACUAACACAGAUAGUGUUUAAUUUUUUAGUUCAAUUUUUUGGUGUAUGGUAUAUCUCUGAGAAUUAUUACCUUUCACUUAUUGAUAAUUUUCUUCCAAAAAUAUUGAACUGCUGAUGCUUAAAACGACUCCUCACACUAAUGCAAAAGGUAUCAAUUAUUAGCGGAGAUAUAUUGAAUGAAGGUUUAUUAAAUAGAUCGCAAAUGCUAAUUCAAUUCAAUAUUUUUUGAACAUAUCAAUAUUAGAACUUUAUUAAUUUUGGUGUUUUGAAUUUGUGCAACUAAUACCGUCGCUUUUUCGAUCUAUUGAAAUGCUUAUUAUAUCGUAUGAUUACUGCUUGUGAAAGUUUAAUGUAGGCCCUGGAAAAGAAAUGUAGUCAGCUAGUCUACUAGAAUAUUUCAAAUUCUCCUGUUCAUUAAUUUAGUGAAUUGUGAUUUCCAAAAGCAGUUUCUUGUGAUACAUUCUACGCAAAAUAACAUUAAUCGAAAACACUAAAGAAACAUGCAUUUAUUUGGCCCUUAUUAAUAAUUAGUGCAAGCCUGUUUGAUUACCAAUUAUAUACAUCAUUACUUCAUCCAUAUUCCAAUUGAAUAAAUGAAUGACAAAAGGUCAAGUAUAAGCUUGUAUUAAGCACUGCUUAAGAAACCAAGCAGUUGUAUGUAACAAUAGCCUAUUUUAAGAAUAUUUUGUGCACCACGUUAAUUAGUUGUAAUCAAGUGUUACGAAUAAAAUGUCUGUAUGUGUAGUCUAAUUUAGUUUGAAAGAUUUGUAAUUAGUUACAGGAUUGUUUCGUUGAUCGAUUUUAACACUUGUGCUCAAUUUACUUGACCUUCUUUAUGGUAGCUGCUUAUAUGGUUUUUGUUUGUUAAUCAUCUGGGAAAGUCUGUACGUUAGCAAAAGUGUUAAAAUACAUUUUUUCUUAGAAAAUUACUUAACAGUAAAUGAUUACGAAUGACGCCAUCUAUAAUGCGAUGGUACAAAAAAAACUUAAUCGUCACUGCCAUUUUUGUCAUCUAUAGUCUAGAAUCAUUCAUAAUGAUGCUCAAAAAGCAUUUGAUUAUAUGAACAUAAUUAUUUGUUCCUUGAUCUCGUUGUUGCACCCACUUUAUUAUAUCUCCUCCAAUGUGUUAAUCAUUUAAUUACAAAUUUGACUAUACCAAAUUGCAGCUGUGAUGGGGUGUGAACAACUAUUGUUUAAAUUCAACUGUAAGUGACAUAACAAUAUGCUGAAAUAAAAUUGUUUUGAUUUUAUUUCGGUACGUAAGUUUCAUAAUGUAUCUCUUCAGGAAUUUGAGGCUUUUGCCACAAUGUCACUGCUUACAUCCAGCAUGAAUUUAUAUCUUAACAUAUCCACAGCUUGUAUAGAUAUUUUGAAUAAAAAUACAAUAGAAAUGUUAAAUUGUGCAUAAAAUAAGAUUCCAAAGUCAAAUUGUGCCUAUUGCUGGAUUGCAUUAAGCAGACAGAUUGCCGUUAAUGUUAGAGUAACAUUUAACAUUCUUUUAAUUUGACGGAAUAAUUGUUAGACUUUAAUAUGUGUGUUGUAGUGGGGUUCCAGUUAAUAAAUUACAUUUUUUGAAAAA